AUGGAUUUAGUUUUUAUGUUUGCCGUUCUAAUCAUCACUGCCACAGUCCUCGUCUGUUGGGACGUGGUGGUUGGGAAGAAGCCGAAGCGACCCCCUGGGUCGCGCCCUUUGCCGGGACCAUGGGGCCUCCCGUUAAUUGGACGCGUCCACGACGUCCCGUCUGAAGCCUCGUGGCUCAAGUUCCACGAGUGGGCCAAGAAGUACGGGCCGAUUUACCAGACCGAGAUUUUCGGCACCGUCCACGUCUGGAUCUCCGACGAGAAGAUCGCACACCAACUCCUGGCCAAGCGCGCGAGGAUCUACUCGGACCGGCCGCUGAUCCCUAAUCUGCCGAACAACCGCACCUCGGGGGAGUAUCUUGCUCUCCUCGGUCGCAACGAGAUGUGGCUCCGCCAGCGCAAGCUGUGCAACCACCUUAUGCACAUCUCGACCUUGGCCGACCUGCACAUGUACCCUACCCGCGAGCGGGAUCGCUUCCUGUGGCUGUUCUACCGAGAUCCGCAGAACUAUGUCGAGUGGAUCGAGCAAUUCACCAGCCGGACUGUUUCGCGCCUGUGUUGGGGCACCGCCCGCCCGGCGCAGGUUUUGCGGCAUACGACCUUCGGUCUGUUGCAGACCAUCUCACCUUCGGGUGCGCUGCCGAAUGUGGUGAGCGUCUUGCGGUUUGUGCCGAGCUCGAUUAGCCCGUGGAAGCGGCGCGAGAGGGCUCGUCAUUUGCUGGAGAAGAAGCUGUUUAAGGCGAAUGUCGAGUAUGUGCGAGAGAAGGGAAACGGUCAGCCGUGUUUCUAUGAGACGUUUUUGACGUCGAAGACGAUGGGGACCGAGAAGCAGCGUGAGCGCCAGGCUGAUGACGCUGAGGCAAUGCAUGUUGUUGGGUUGAUGGCUAUUGCCGGGGCGUUGACCAUCGGCAGCCCGAUUCAAAGCUAUCUGCUGGCGAUGUGCCACUACCCAGAGUGGCAGGCCCGUUUGCAGCUCGAGAUUGACACCGUCCUAGAGGGGCGCUGCCCUCAAUGGGCCGAUCGCCCGCACCUGCCUGUCCUCCGCGCCGUCGUCAAGGAGAUUAUCCGCUGGCGCCCCCCUGUGCCAACCGGCAUCCCCCACCAGCUGGAGGAGGAUGACGUCUGGGAGGGCUACCACAUCCCGCGCGGCGCCACCAUCCACGCCCUCGAGUGGGGCAUCACCCGCGACGAGAAGGUCUACCCGGACCCAGAGCAAUUCAACCCAGCUCGCUGGCUCGACCCGUCCUACCCGACCUACCGCGACCCCCUGAGCAAGUACCCCAAUCUGCAGGGGUACUCACAGUUCGGCUUCGGACGCCGCACGUGCCAGGGGAUUCCCAUCGUCGAGCAGGACCUGUUUCUGAUCAUGGGCGGCAUGGCGUGGGCGUUUGAGAUCCGCAAAAAGCGGGAUCUGGCGACGGGUGAGGAGAUCGAUGUGCACUGGAACGAUUAUACCCCGUUGCUGAUUGCGAAGCCGAAGAAGUUUUUGUUUGAGGCCCUGCCGAGGAGCAGGGAGAAGGUUAGGAAGAUGUUCAGGAUGUUCCAGCGCGCUAAGGGGUUGAAUGAUCAAGAUGAUAUGGAUCUUAGUGAGUUUGAGGAGGAGCUGGGGAUGAAGAUUUAUUUUGAUGAAGAGGUUGAGGGUGGCGGGCCGACCGCACCUGAGAAUGUGCGGACAACUAAGAGGGUGCCGCUGGAGAUUGUUUACGAUGAUGAUGGUGAGGAGACUGAUUCCGAGUCUGUUACUCCUACUCCUACGCCAGAGUCCAGCUCUGCUAGCGACGAGAGCGACGGGUUGAACCCCGACCGGUUGGACUCCGACGUCACGCCCUUCGACUUCACCCUGACCGAGGACUCUGAGCUCGAGCGCCACGAGCAGGAGAAGAGCCUGCGGGAGCGCGUCUUCAAGUCGAUACCUAUCUCCGACCGCAUCAAGUCACCCCGCGAGACGCUCCGCGAGCUUAUUCCGGGCUUUGAGCUGCCUCCGGAGCCGCUUGUGCCGAAGGAUCUGAUGAUCUUUACCGUGACGGUCGACUUCUCUCUGAGGAUCACCGUUCCAAACGGUGAGAACCAGGACAACUGCGAGUACAACGACAACCUUGAGCAGCAGGAGUCUGACACCGCUGGCCCAUCUAGCCAGCCUACUUCUGCUCCUACCGCGGAGGCCUCGACCUCGACGAGCCAUCCUACCUUCGAGAAGAUGUCCAACGGCGUCGUCGUCACCGUGCGCCCGGUCUCGUCUGACCACCACACGGACGACGAGGGCUUGACUCCUGAGUCGAUCAUGUAUUCUCCUAUUUUCGAGGACUGUGAAGAGCCUCAGGAGACUCCCCUGACGGCGUCUAUUCAGGAGGAGAUUGUGUUAACCGGUCCUAAGGGUCUAAAGGUUGAGAAGAUGAGUCCCAACCCGGAUUGGCCUGAAUCCAAGCUUCCCAUGUCUUCGUUUGAUGAGAUGGUAGAGGGCGUCUCCUAUGACGGCAGGGAGGACUUUGAUGAGGAAGAGGAAGAGGGACUGCCGUGGCCGGAAAACAAGUUGUUUUCUCAGGGUUACGACACGGAUUUCACGGGGGAACUGGGGGAGUUUGAGGCGUGGGAGAAGAUGUGGAGCUCGAUGAAGUGGAAGGAGUCUCAGUCUAAGGAGAAGGAUGAUUCUCCUUAUCUCCCAAACUCUCCUCGUCAUCCUAAUGCCGUGUUUGCCAAUUCCGACGACGAGACGCUGGAUUAUGUUCCCGCUGUCCCCUCUAUCGGUGGUGCUUCCGUCGAGGAUGAGGAGGAUGACAAUGUCCCUGCUAUCCCACACAUCUUCCUUGGCAAUCCUAUCUACAAUGACGAGGACACUGAAGACUCUGACUCUUCUUUCAAUGCGGAGUUCUUCACCCCGCCCGAGUAUCCCUCGUCCGUCGAGUCGGAGGGCGAUGAGUCCUAUGAGUGGCCCGGCAGGUCCUCUUCGGAGGUGGCCGAAUUUGCUCUUUCUGAUGACCCCGAGUUCGACCCCUCGCACCUCGAGCCCGGUGAGUUGGUCGUCUCUGGUGACGAGGGCUACGACGGUAGCUCCGAGAUGGAGGAGACCGGUCCCGUGUCGGACCCGGACAUCGAGAACGAGCACGAUCACGACAACGAGACUGACGAUGCCGUCAGCCAAGCCUCGACGGGCUCGGUCUGGUUUGAGCCUGAUUUUCCUUCCCUCCUGUUCCCAGUCUUCUCGCCCAUCGGGUGGACCGAUCUCGAGGAGACGGUGGCUAAGCAGGGGAUUGAGGAGAGGGAGGAGGAAAAUGAGGAGCUUGUGGAGCGGACUGCGGAGGCGGAGGUGGCCCAGGAGGAGGAGCAUGGCCGGCUGUCGUGGUGGAGGAGGCCAUUGCCUGGUUUUGUCAACCGGUUUGUGCCGCGUUGUGUUGACCGGUUCGUCCCGGACGUGCCGGGUUACUAUGAGUGGUUGAUAGACGAACCUAUCGAUCGGUUGUUGCAGGAGCGUAUCGAGAGUUUGGAGCAGGAGGUGUUGGAGCUGCCGAAGCGGUUUAUGCCGGACGUGAUCUGGGAGAUUGUCGCCGACCGUCUGCCACAGCCGAAUAUCCAUUCCAGCAUCCCAGUCACGCCGUCGCAGGCUAAGCAUGAGGCGCUGACGGAGUUGGUAGGGACUCGGCCCGAUGUGCCGGCUCGUUUACCCGUGCCAGAUCACUUCCUCCCGGAGGGAGUGACACAGUUAGUCAUUGAUCAUCUACCUACCAUGCCGUCGAUGCUACAUCUGCCGGAUGUUUUGCUCCCCAGCAUGUCAAGCGUGCCGCAGAUGCCGUUGGUGUCUAAGGCGGUGACGCAGGUGGUUGAUCACCUGCCUAGCAUGCCCAACAUCCCACGGCCCAAUAUGCCCUCUAUGCUUUCGGUGCCGUUGAUGCCGUAUAUGUCGGUGCCGCAUGCGGUCAACCGAUUUGUUCCCCGCGUGCCGGAGGCUAUGAGCCUCUUCCUGCCAGCUAGGUUGCGCUUUGAACAGGGACAGCAAACUCAGCCUCAGGAGCAAGCUGAGGAACUGGGGCAUGGUUAUGCGGAGGAUAUGAUUCGGGUUUGA